CGCAUGCGCGGUACGGACGGCGGCAACAACCCAGCGGCGGCCCGCGCGCCUCUAUCGAGUCCGCCCAAGCGCACACUGCUUGCGCACGCGACGGUACCGCAAGCAAGCCCCGCCUGAAAACUUUCCGUCCAUAUAAACUGUGUCUGGUGAGCCGGUGAUCAACCGCAGUCAAGAUGGUGGCAGGUGACGUCACGCGGCGGGCUUCAAUCACCGCCCCGUCCAUGCAUCGGAGGGCCUCUGUACGACGUGGCUCACUUAUAAAGGGCUCUCAAACACAGUCACAGGAGGUGCCAUGGGACAUCAUCGACCGCUGCGCACUGCCUAUCAUUCUGUGCCACGCGCUAGCCGUGGUACUCUCCACUGUACUAAACGCGCUGCAUCUCAGCCAAAUCUCCGUGUUCACGCUCUUCCUCUGGUUCGCCAUUUCUGUGGUCGGAUCCCUCUGGUUCUAUCACAACUUGCAGGUGACGGCGGCGGGCAAGGCAGUGCUUGUGACUGGGUGCGACAAUGUGCUGGGCAACGCACUGGCGCGGAGACUGGACGACCUGGGGUACCACGUGUUCGCCGGCUUCCAGAACAAGGCUGGAAACAUUGACGCCGACAUGCUCAAGGAAGAUUGUUCCGGAAGACUGCACACUCUCCAGCUUGACAUUACUUCUGAAACUCAGAUUCUGUCGGCGUCUCUGUACAUCGUAGACCACCUACCAGAGGGCGCUCAGGGGCUGUGGGCGGUCGUCAACUGCGAGUCUUGGUGCGCGCUUGGGGAACUUGAAUGGGUACCCUUCUCCGUCAUUCGCCGCGCCAUGGAAGUGAACCUUUUGGGUCCGUCUCGCCUAGUGCAAGUGAUGCUGCCGCUAGUGCGAAGGGCGCGAGGCCGCAUUGUGUUGACGUCAUCGAUCUUGACCCACGUGGCGGCGCCGGUCCGCGGUGUGCAUGCUGCUUCGCUUGCUGCGCUCGACGCGCUCGCCGCCUGUCUCCGUCGCGAGCUCAAACCUCGCGGUGUUGAUGUGGUGGUGGUAGCUGCCGGCGAGUACACGACGGGCAGUGCGUGGUUGUCUGAGGAGAAGCUGCUGGAGCAGGCUCGCGACAUGUGGAAGAGACUCAGCGAUGAGCAGAAGGGCGCCUACGGAGAGGACUACUUCGAAACUGCCCUGCGCAGCCUUGAGAAGUACACUAAGAACGCUGACGCUGACCUGACGGCGGUGACUCGUUCGCUGAGCGACGGCGUGACGCGCACCUUCCCUCUAAGCCGCUACACCCCGGUUUCCCCGCGUGAGAAGCUCAAGUCGAUCCUGGCUGAGCAUAUGCCGCGCUCCCUCUAUGAAGGAUUGUACGUCGACUAAACUGUACCUGUUCCAGCUACACAGACCAGUUUGCGCCAAUAUAAAACUAUUAAAUACGAAAAAUAUCAUGAAACUAGGAACCUUUAUUUAAAACAAUGGAUGGGCUAUCAAAUUCACUUCGAAUUUUCAAGUCAAAUAAUUUCUCAAGUAUAUUUACAACUAGCUCCAUUCUCUACAAGUUUCAUGAUAUUACGGAUGCAAAUGCUUAAAAUGUAAGACAACCUUUUUAUGUCCUCACUAAUCGAGCGCAAGACGGACGCGAAAAGAAAGAUAAGAUCUGUUGUAGACAGUCAGGGAGACAGGGAGGAUUUUAUCCCACUAAAAAUAAAUGUCUCUAACGUGUUCCAAUUGCGCAAACUUCGGUCUGAAUUUCAGUGUAAAAAUAACCCAUUCUUUGUACGCUGAAUAAUAAGGUCGCCCUUCGUCAGCACCCCUAUCAUCCGACAAGGGUUGAAGUUCAAGAACGUACUAGAAUGUCUGUUAAAUGACAAAUACGGCUCAAAAUAUUAGGACAUCGUGCAAUUACCUAAUGUAAUUACACCGUCGAUCCACACUAGGUGUAUUUAUCAAAUUAAGUAAUGAAGUCACCAUUGUUUGACAAAUGAGACCUCGAGCCCUAAACCCACAUAAGUUACGUAAGCUUUUAAGUUGGAGCAACUUUAGCGAUCAUUUAGGCGGCCGCCCCCACUUGAACACGUUCGUGGGCGCUUCGUUAGUGAAAAACUUUCCCUUCGACCGCAUAUGCGGGGAACUACUGAUAGGGUAACUUACUCCUUUGUGCCUAGACUUCGGUCCACGGUUCGCCGCCGCUUUGGCUAACUAAAAUCCUAACUAGAAGCUUAACCGUCAUCAAAAAUUAUCAAGAUGUGCGAUAAUAAGAAGCCGGGCUGCUGUUGGUGACGGCUCUUAAUUAGCAGAAAGACUUAUCGCUACUCUUUGUGUAGCAAGGUCUAUA